AUGGACAUUUUAACUGACCUCUUCAGGCAGCAGGUUCCUCCCCACAUAUUCAAAACUUCUGAAGGAUUAAAUGCUGAAUAUCCGUUGAUAGGCAUGGAAGUAGAGGCGAAGUUUCUCUUACACUGUAUUGCUUUGGAGAAUGUUAUAGGAAACACUCCUAGCAUUCCUAACCUGGCACAUGGGUAUUGUGGAGGAGUUUUGGGAUCCGUGAACACUACAGUCCAAAGUAAGAGGACUGCUCAUGAUUUUGCAGUGCCAAAUAAUCAAGUCAAUAUGCUAGACAGGGUACUCAGUGAAGCAAGAUAUGAGUCUCUAUCCCCUAAUAAUAUGCAGCCAUUAGCAGGAGACAUCAAUGUCUUACUGGAGAAAGAGUUGGAGCACUUCAGAAUGGUUUUCAAAGAAAGAUUGGCAAUUGUAGUCACAACAAGAGCAUGCAAGGCAUUUGCAAAGUUCCGUGCUUUACAAGACCAAGUGCAUCGAGUUCUAUGCAAUGAUCCACAACCUGGCCCUGCUACUUUCAUUGCUCACUGUCUCUGUAUUCUGCCCCUGUUUGAUAUACACAGAAGGGGAUUCAGUCAUUUGAUGAUAUCUGCUCUUCGCCGAUUUCUGAAAACGGGAUCCACUGCUGAAGAUAUACUUGAAGCGAAACUUUUUGCUGCCAAAUUAUUUCUGGACAUUACUGGUGGAAGUAUGGUGCUUGACGAAAGGAUUCUAGUAAAGAUUCUUCAGGUUUUUGAUGUCAGUUUGGAAAAUAUACAGGUAGUUAUUCAUGAUUCUAACAAGAAGAUGAGUAUUACAAUAAACAGAGCAAAAGAAUUAGUAGAGCAGUAUAUUUUUGAGCUGAUAGAAUACCAAUCAUACAUGAAUGCUGUUUCUCUGUUGGAACACUUCUCUAUUCAUAAGUCCGGAGAGUCAUUUCUACUUCAAAUGAUGGAAUCCGGACAAUACAAAGCAGCAGAAAAGUGGGCCACGUUCAUGGGAAAAUCUAUGUUGUGCAUACUUGUCCAGGAAUAUGUUGACAAGAAGCUUGUAAAACCUGCUUACACUAUUAUAAAGAAAAAUAAUAUGAGCCAGGAAUUCCCAGAACUAUAUCAUCAUUAUAUGGAAAGCUCACUGAAGAAACUAGCAGAAAAAGGUGUGUGGGAUGUAGCGGAAGCAAGAGCAAAAGCCAAUAAACAACUUCUCGAGUAUUUGGUUUAUAUGGCAAUGGAAGCUGGCUACUCAGAAAAGGUAGAAGAAAUUUGCGAUCGCUAUUCCCUCAAAGGUUUCACGAGUAUCAAAGAGCUCGACAGGAAUGUUGCCCACAAUGGCUAUUUGCACCUUAAUGAAUUGUUAAUUGAAGAUGUUAUCUGGGUUGAUGAAGUCAUUGGUUUGCGUGAAGCAACAUCGUACAUCGAGGAUUGCAAAAUUAUAGGCCUUGAUUGUGAAUGGAAACCCACUUAUGAAAAGGGCAGCAAAGCCAGUAAGGUUUCUAUCAUGCAAAUUUCCUCUGAUAAGAAGGUUUAUAUAUUUGACUUGAUAAAGCUACACGAAAACAUUCCAACUGUACUAGAUGAAUGCUUUGCCCGCAUGUUGCACUCUCCAAGUAUUCUGAAGCUUGGCUACAAUUUUCAAUGUGAUGCACAUCAGCUUGCUCAUUCUUAUGGAGAACUGAAUUGUUUCAAGCAUUGUGAGAUGCUUCUUGACAUUCAAAAUGUGUUCAAAGAGCAGCGAGGUGGUCUUUCUGGUUUAGCAAAGAAGAUACUGGGUAACGGUUUGAACAAAACAACACGAAACAGCAACUGGGAGCAACGACCUUUGACUCAGUAUCAGCUGGAAUAUGCUGCUCUUGAUGCUGCUGUCCUCCUCCACAUAUUCCAGCAUGUACGAAACCACUCGUUGGAAACUGUCUCCCUAGAUGAGCAUUCCAAAAUAGAAUGGAAAUCUUGCAUUGUAUCUCACAUGGACAACACCAGAAGGCCAAAACCGAAAAGGAGGUGUGAUGCUGGGACGAAGAACGAGUCUUGA